UCCAGGUGUGUGCAGUUAAAGUGAUUAUCAACAUUUUAGCAAGAUGGAGAUCAUUGCUUCCAUUUCACAGCUUCUUGUUGCACGACUCGGACACGAAAUUAUGAGGUUUUGUUGAUGUUUUUGUUGCUUCUGUGGUGUUUUGUUUCCGGCGGUUUGAGUAACGACGGAAAAAAAGAAAGGAAGACAUGGAAGAUGGAGGCCACCCGCCGCAUUCCUGCGGCAACGGGCAGCAGAGGAGUCACCACUCUCGACCUUUUUUCUACGUGCAGCCCCCAUCGCAACCUUACUACGUUUAUCCGCACUGGCAGAUGAACAACCCCUACCACCACUACGGUCUUCCCGCUGGUUUUAAUUUCAGCCGUCCCUACAUGGCUCCUUACCAGUUCAUACCGUACCCUGGUUACGUUGUCCCUCACGCGCCGUUGUACCCUGUGGAUUUCCGACGCAUGUUCGAGCCUCGCUUCUGUCCGCCUGUUUGGAGCGAUGGCCCUCGCCCGCAGCAUCAGCAGGCUCACAGCCGGCGAGAGACCGCCAGCUCUGAGGUCCAGACGGACCCGAGCGACGCCAUCAGCAAGCUGAUAGAGUGCCUGGGCAAGAUCCGAGCCACGGAGCAGCAGGUAGCCGAGAGGGAGCUGGACUCGGGGGUGGCGUCUCACUCCUCCGGGAUGUUCUCUCCAGCUGAGGAGAAGAAAGGUCAAGAAGAGGGCGAAACUAUCCUUCUACCAAGGGCGCCGGAUGCAACCGGGUUAGAAUCUCCUGCCGUGGUAUUCAGCGACUCCACCACGGCGGUCUAUGACGGCGACUCCAGCCACAGGAGCUUGGAGGUCUUGAGCCCUCAGCUCUGCUGGUCCGGAACACUGGAUGUGGAGCUGCCUAUUGAUAGUUCCUCCAUUCACGAGGACGGUCCGGAUCCCGAGUGCCUGUCGCCGCCGGACCCUUUCCUCGCUCACGACAAGUCCGAAGUCACAAAUGUCCAGUCAGAUAUUCCUGUGGCUGAUCACAGCGCUCCGAUAAGUGAUGGCGUGAAGCAAGUGGACUCCAUCAGGCCUCAUUCACAGUCUUUAUGCGGGAAGCACAAGGAUGAAAAGAGUGUCAGCAAAGCUCUGAGUGAAGACGAUCCCGAUUGCCAGAUCCUCCGGCUGCCUCUUUGUCUUUUCACCUCAGAAGGGUCACGUGUCCUGUCCCCAGUUAGCCCCUACUACCACCACCACCACCGCCUCUCCUUGCAGUCCACCCACGAGCGCAUGAGUGUCCUCAGCCCGUCCCUGGACGAGUUCUCCUCCCGGGACGAGAUGUUCUCCACAGACUUGGAGGACUCUGACAUCUUCCCCCGGCGAGCCUGCACCGGCAGAAGGUUAGCAGAAGUCGCGGGGGGCGACCGAGGGGCCGAGGACGAGCGGCAUCCCGCCCCCGUGAAGCUCAUGUGUGUCUGCUGUGGAAAAAGUCUACCCAAAGGUGGCAGUCGGGGCAAAGCCCACAGUGCCAAGGCCUACAGGGACGAGGCUCCAGACUCCGAGGAGGACAUUUGGUACGGAAGAGAGUGUGAGCCGCCAUUUCGAGUGGCGCUCAGGAAGCACCCCGCCCCCAGGAAGCCUCACCCAGGCCCUCAGAGGCAGCAGGCCAGGCCCUGGUACAAAAGGAGCCAGUACAAAACCCCUUCUGAGUCUCUCAACCCUGACCAGGGUCAUGACGGCAAGUCUGGGGAGACCAGCAGCAGAGAGCUACAGUGCAGAACCUGUCAGGACGGACUCUGCAGAGACGAACACGACGUGUCCGAGCAAAACAAGUGGGCGGACGGCGGCAUUCCCAGACGAUGGCAAGCGGCUCCUCUGCAGCGACAAGAGUCGAGCGCGGCGAGGAAAGCCACGGGGCACCAGAGGUCCCGAGAUGACGACGGCGACUGCCGCGAUGAUGACGACGACGAACUACCGACCUCACGUUGGGACAGAGGCUCCUCAUUGAGAGAAUCGAAGCUGAUUUCUCAUGACUGACUUGUGUUGAACUGUUCCCCAUGAUGUUGUUAACGUUAACACGACGAUGGUUGAGGAUAUGUACGUAGGGCACCGGGUGUAAAAAGCACUGCACGGCCUCUUUUGUUGGUUGAAAAAGGGGAAAAAAAAAAAAAAAAAAAAAGUGAAAAAUAAUUAUAUAGUUUCUGCCUUUCACGCUUGAAGUUGUCACAGAGAAGCAAGUGGGCUCAGUUGAUGUUGUGCUGCUGUUUGGGGUCAGUCCAAUAAAAGAUUGUCGUCGGAAA